GCAUUUGCAUAGGCAUCACCACCCAUCUUCCUGCGUGACGAACGCAACUAGAGCCAAUACCGCCAAGAUGCAGAUUUUCGUCAAGACCCUCACGGGCAAGACCAUCACCCUUGAGGUCGAGUCCUCCGACACUAUUGACAAUGUCAAGAGCAAAAUCCAGGACAAGGAGGGCAUCCCCCCUGAUCAACAGCGUUUGAUCUUUGCUGGUAAGCAGCUCGAGGAUGGUCGUACUCUUUCCGACUACAACAUCCAAAAGGAGUCUACUCUCCACUUGGUUCUCCGUCUCCGUGGUGGUAUUAUCGAGCCCUCUCUGAAGGCUUUGGCUUCCAAGUACAACUGCGAGAAGAUGAUUUGCCGCAAGUGCUAUGCUCGUCUUCCUCCUCGUGCUACCAACUGCCGCAAGAAGAAGUGUGGUCACACCAACCAAUUGCGCCCUAAGAAGAAGCUUAAGUAGACAGUUUUCUUAACGCAUAUGGUUCUGCACGAA